GAUUUCAAUUAAGCUCCUAUGUCUUCCCCUGAAAUUGCUUCUCUGUCCUGGGGACAGAUGAAAGUACAAGGUUGUGCUAAAACCUACAAGGACUGCAAAGUGUGGCCAGGGGGCAGUCGGGCUUGGGACUGGAGAGAAACAGGAACUGAGCAUUCCCCUGGCGUGCAGCCUGCAGAUGUAGAAGAGGUUGUCCGGAAGGGCGUGCAGACCCUUGUGAUUGGCCGGGGAAUGAGCGAGGCCUUGAAGGUGCCUUCAUCAACUGUGGAGUUCCUCGAAAAACAAGGCAUUGAUGUUCGGGUGCUCCAGACAGAGCUGGCCGUAAAGGAGUAUAACGCCCUGGUUUCCCAAGGAGUCAGGGUGGGCGGUGUCUUCCAUUCUACCUGCUGAUGAAGUCUUAAGAAUAAAUCACUAAG